UGACCACGUCUGUCCCCCAGGCUGGAACACCAGAACAAGUGAAAAGGCCUUUUCCCUGGAAGCUUGGAGUCAGGAAUCUGUGACCAAGAGGAGCCUCAGAAACGAACAGAUAGGAGCAGAGGAGCAGCUGCAAUGGCUUCAGAAAUCUUGGAGGAAAUAAAGGAAGAGGUGACCUGUCCCAUCUGCCUGGAGCUCCUGACAGAACCACUGAGCCUGGGCUGUGGGCACAGCUUCUGCCAAGCCUGCAUCACCACCAACAGCAGGCAGUCCAUGAUCCGCCAAGAAGGAGAGAGCAGCUGCCCUGUGUGCCGAAUCACUUACCAGCCUGAGAAACUGCAGCCUAGUUGGAAAUUGUCUAACAUAGUCGAGACACUUCAAAGAGUCAAGCUGAGCACAGAGGAGGAGCGAAAGAGAGAUCUCUGUGUGCACCAUGGAGAGAAACUCCAUUUCUUCUGUGAAGAGCAUGGGAAGUUGAUUUGCUUCGUUUGUGAGCGGUCUCAAGAGCACCGAGGUCACAAAGUACUCAUCAAGGAGGAAGCUGCCCAGCAUUACAAGGAGAAGCUCCAGGCGGACCUGGACAGGCUGAGGGGGGAGCAGAAGAAAGCCAAGAAGUGGGGAUCUGACAUCAGAAAAGAGAGUAAUUUCCGACAGAAUCAAGUACAAAAAGAGAGAAAACGUGUCCAGGAUUAUUUUGAACAUCUGAGAGGAAUCCUGGACACUGAGGAGCAGAAGGAGCUGCAAAAGCUGGAGGAAGAGGAGAGAGAUGAUCUCAAGGACUUGGCUCAGGCUGAGAGUGAGCUGGUCCAGGAGGGCCAGCUGUUGACAGAUCUCAUCUCAGAUCUGGAGCAUCGCUUGCAGGGGUCCACAGCAGAGAUGCUGCAGGAUGUGAAUGGCAUUAUCGAAAGGAGUAAGACCUUCACUCUGAAGAAGCCAAAAACUCUCCCCAAGAAACAAGUGAGAGUGUUCCAAGAUCCUUACUUGAGCAAGGUGCUGCCAGCCUUUAAUGAACUGACAGAUGCGCGACGCUACUGGGUACACGUGACCCUGGAUCCUCCCACGGAUAAAGCAAAUGUUAUCAUUUCUGCCGACUGGAAACAAGUGAGACCUGCCUUUUAUUUGAGAACACUUUAUUUGUAUCAGAAAGGCGAUUGUGAGGAUUAUGGUGUCCUGGGAUCACGCCCUAUGACAUCAGGGAAACAUUACUGGGAGGUAGAUGUGUCAGGGAAAUAUGCCUGGGUUUUGGGGGUAUGUGAAGAAAACCCCCCCGACUCCAAUAGGAAGGAUUUUGUAAGACGAGGUAACAAGCGUCAACAUGUUUGCUCUAGAUAUCAGCCUAAAAAUGGCUACUGGGUUAUAGGGUUAGAGAAUCAUUCUAAUUAUAAGGCUUUUGUGGAUUCUCCCUCCUCCGAUCCCUCCACCUUAACCUUCACCCUGACUGUUCCUCCCCAUCGUGUUGGGGUUUUCCUAGAGUACGAUGCUGGCACUGUCUCAUUUUUUAACAUCACUAACCAUGGUUUUCUCAUCUAUAAAUUCUCUGCAUGUUCCUUUUCUGGGAAAAUGUUUCCGUAUUUCAAUCCUAUGAAAUGUACUGCCCCCAUGACACUGUGUUCUCCAAGCUCUUAAACCUCUCACACCCCCACCCACUUCUAUUGGGUGCAUCUAAUUCAUUGAGCUAACCUGCACCAUUCUCACCAUCUUUUCCUUGCUACCUUUUUAUUUCUAUUUGAACAGCCUUCCUUCAUCAAUAGGAUGUACAAUUUGCCUCAUGUCAUAUUUUCCCCAAUAUCUUCUUUGCAUUAACAGAGAAGCCUAAUUUAUCAUUUUCUGUAAUC